AGCUCCGCUCCGCUCCCGAGGAUGCUUGGGGGGCGAUGCCCGGCGACAGGGAGGACGAGAUCUGCCAGAAAGCGCUGCAGCUGCUGGCCGAGCUGUGCUCCGUCGGCGCGGUGGAGAACGAGAAUUGCCGGGAUUUUAUCUACUACCUGCGGGACAGAGCCCGGCCCCGCCUCACCGACUCAGAUAUCUCAAUAAGCUUGCUUUCCCUAGUUGUCACAGCCUGUGGUCUUGCUCUGUUUGGUGUGUCCCUGUUCGUGUCCUGGAAGCUUUGCUGGAUUCCUUGGCGAGAGCGUGGCCUGCCAUUUGGGAACAAAGAGAAACAAGAGUCCCUGAACUACACAGAUACAGAGACCAAUGACCAUGACUACAGCGAGGAUUAUCUUGGUCAGCCAACAACCUACCCAGAGUCCUCCAUGAAGAUCAGCCACACCUCUCCUGAUAUCCCAGUGGAUGCUCAGGGGGAGACAAAGGAGAACUGUGUACACAAUGCACGAAUGCAUCGUCAGAUCACUGAACCAACCUCUUCUGCACGGCAUAACUCAAUCCGAAGACAGCUCAACCUCUCCAAUCCUGACUUCAACAUUCAGCAGGUUCAGAAACAGGAGCAACUGACUGGAAUUGGCCGCAUUAAGCCAGAGCUGUAUAAACAGAGAUCCGUGGACACAGAUGAUGGCCGGAGGAGUAAUAGCAAGGCAUGUGGAAAACUGAACUUUAUUCUGAAAUACGACUGUGAUUUAGAGCAGCUGAUAGUGAAGAUACACAAGGCCAUCAACCUGCCAGCAAAAGACUUCUCGGGAACUUCAGAUCCAUAUGUGAAGAUAUAUCUCCUUCCUGAUAGGAAAACAAAACACCAGACUAAAGUGCACAGAAAAACCCUAAAUCCAGUUUUUGAUGAAGUUUUUUUAUUUACUGUUCCAUACAAUGAUCUGAAUGCACGGAAGCUCCAUUUCUCUGUCUAUGAUUUUGACAGAUUCUCCAGGCAUGACUUGAUUGGCCAAGUGGUAGUGGAUAAUUUUUUAGAAUUGGCAGAUUUUCCCAGGGAAUGUAAUAUUUGGAAGGAUAUUGAAUAUGUCACCAAUGAUAAUGUGGAUCUUGGUGACCUGAUGUUUUCACUCUGCUACCUUCCAACAGCUGGUAGACUAACUAUUACAAUAAUAAAAGCAAGAAAUUUAAAGGCAAUGGAUAUCACAGGAGCAUCAGAUCCCUACGUGAAGGUUUCUUUAAUGUGUGAAGGAAGGCGACUAAAGAAAAGAAAAACUUCCACCAAGAGGAACACCCUUAAUCCCGUUUACAAUGAAGCCAUAGUCUUUGACGUCCCUCCAGAAAACAUUGACCAAAUUAACUUGUCGAUAGCUGUGAUGGAUUACGACCGUGUAGGUCACAAUGAGGUCAUUGGAGUAUGUCAAGUAGGCAACGAUGCAGAAAGUCUAGGUCGUGACCAUUGGAAUGAAAUGCUCUCAUAUCCUCGGAAACCCAUUGCCCACUGGCAUCCUCUUGCAGAGGAAUCAAGUGGGGGAGGGUAUCCAGCGCAUCCAGGCUGUGCAGAGAAAUAUAUACACAGCAUAUCAUUUUGGUUCCUGAAUCAGGAUUAGGCUCAGCGAGAGUUCUGGAACCUCUGUGGCCACAACCAUAGGACCCUGAAUACUGCUGAAUAGAACCCUCAGUCUUCAACUGUGUGAAGAGCUAUUGGUUUUGAGUAGUGCAAUAUUAUCCACUUGUAGCAUUAGUUCUCCAGCUGACACUAUUGCUACUGAUAGAUUUUUUGUAUGGUCAUAAGCAUUACCCAAAUUCAAGUCAAAUGUUUUGCUCAUUAGAAUAACCCAGGUUUUACAAGCAACAUGACAGCAAUGAAAACAACAGAUACUGGAGCCAGCUUUAAAUAUGAUUAUUGUAUUUGCAAAGGAAAAAAGAAGUGCAGUAUUGUAAAUGUAAAGCUAUGUAAGUCAUUUUUUCCCAAGAAUGACUGUCAUCAGACUUUUUUGAUGGUGAGUUGUAUCUUUCAUCUCCAUGUCUCCUUUCACCUGACAUGAAAACAAGACUAAUUCACUCCUUUGCAGAUAUGCUUCAAAUCCUUCAAAGCUGUAAAAAGUUCUGUUGGGUGACAAGAUACAUACAGUGUUUUGCAAUGACAGCGUGUUCUUUUAGAAAGAAGAUAAGGAUCUGUGUAGUAUGGAGACUGGGAGCCCUCGGUGUUAUUAGAUGAUUUUCCAGUCACUGCUUUUCACUGUGUCCAUAACACUGUGAAGGGCUGGAAGAAUCUCACAGGUGGCUUUCUUUCAUCAUACACACAAGCACACACACACACCAUUUUAAAAUGCCACUCCAAACCUAUAUAAUGUCUGUGAAGACUAUUAUUUGUAGUAGAACUAACAUUGACAGGGCUACCUUAAAUGAUUGUACAUUGUAAAUGCUAAUGAAUUCUGACCAUUUUAAAAAUAAAAAUAAAAAUCAAAGCAAAGCACUGAAUUCCUUCACAUAAUGAACUCUAGGUCCUGGAACAACAGUCCCUCGGAUAAAUUUUGCUCAUUAUUUAUCCAUGCAUAGGGUUAACUCUUCCUUAAUUUUUUCAUAGAGAGACUUUGAAUCAAGAUUUUACAUCAAUAUCUUUACCUUAAAAGGGCAAAUGCAAAUUAUGUGUGUAUUAUACAAUCUAGUAGCCUGCUAAACACAGGUAGGUAGCCCUUGUCUUUGUAUAUACUGUUCAGGUAAGUUUAUGCACAUGAACAUUGUUUUGCAUCUUGUAUGUGUUAAAUGCUCACCAUUUUCAGUUUCUAAUUGAGCUGACACAUGUGUGACUGUAAAAAAAUCGAGAAAAUAUUUGCAACUUUUAUUAAAAAAAAAGUUGUAUAACUUGUUAUUUGAGGAUCUUCCAGAAAACCAGAAUUGUUAACAGGUAAAAACACAGCCUAAUGGUUGCAGAAGAUCUUGGAUCUGUUCUAAAUGUGUAGUGUGGCUAUAAAGCAGAAGUCUUAAAAGUACAGUUGUUAUAAAAAAAUAAAAAUAAAAUGUCAUGCUAUGCUAUGAAGAAUUUAGCUAUCACAUACAAGGACACUCCUGGCAAACUCAACAACUGUUAAAGCCCGCCUGAGCAAAAUUUCAGAUUGGUAACAGGUCACAUCCAGAACAAAAAAAUACAAAGUAGCCCUAGCAAAUGUAUUUCAGUACAUGCUCAAGUGAAGCCUUAUGUCAGCAGACCAGUGAUGUAAUACAGUGCUCAUACCUGUUCGUGUAUGAUCUUCACUUCAGGCAAAAUUCUGCACUCUUUACUCAGGCACAUCUCCCAGGAGCCAACAUGGGGAGAUAAGCACGAACAAAGGAGGAGGACCUUUUCCUUGUAAGUGGAGAUCUUUGAUUUCCUGGAUAAAUCAGCAUAGAUGCAAUCCCACGUGGGCAAAGCAGGCAGCUGCAUGCUGUCCCGCUGCAAUGGCUAUUACCAGGGCAAUGUUAUGAACAGUAGCUUCUGUAAGAAUGAAGAGACCUCUGCAGCUAGUUCAUUUUGUCUCCAUGGAACAGAGCAGAAAUCUUUCUCAGAUUUGCCUCAAGUGACUCAAAAGGGCGUCAGCAGAAAAGUAGUGUCAUUGUAAUUGCUAAUGUUUUUUAUUUUAUUAUCAUACUCAGUUCAUUUAAUGCUCAAGGGGCUGGCAUCAAGAGAAUGAUUUUGAAAACAGUUUGAAAUAUUUCUUUUACAAAGAAAAGAAAAAUCUUAUUUUUCAUUUUUUUAAUUUUCCUAAUUCUUGCUCUCUGACUCAUGACUUACAAGCUGUUACACAGGCUAUGGCAUUAUUUCGUGCUUUAUAAAAAUAUCUGCCUUUCCAUAGCAGUGCAUAAGUGGAACAGUAGUUGUUUUCUGUGCUUCUCCCUCUUCACCUUUUGACUCAACUUAAUCUAUACUACUCCCUAGACCUUCAGUAGACCCAUGUUACAGUUCUGGUGAGCCAGGCAAUAGCAAUACUGGACAUAACAGAGCAUCUACUGCUAGAACACCAGUUGGAAACGCAGUACUGUGAUCCCAGUACUGGUCACUCUCUUUGCUGAACUAUAAUUCCCAGUGGUGAAUUAGUAGAACAGCUCAUAAGAAUAACUCCAAACCUCCAACCUUCAUUUGUUUUAUUUCCUGUGAAGACACAAUUAUGCUGUAUCACAAGUGUUACUGAAGCAAAAAGGGAAAUCCCCUAGAAAUGCAUCUCAGCAAGAUUUUAAUCCCACUUUAUUCAUUAACAAUAUUCUAUUAAACUCUUAGUUUUUCAUAAGAAGCCACAAUUUCAGAUAGAUUUUUUAUGAAAAAAAGUGAGAGCUUUCCAAGGUUUUGAUACUAAGCAGGCUAUAAUGGGCUGUCGUGUGAAAUUCCAGGGCUAAAACACUCACAAGCACAACCCUUCUGCAGCUGAAUGUUGAAAUUCCUUUAUUUUCGCUGAAGUCACAAGGUAUUAAAAGCACUUGAGGAUUUUGAGUAUCAUUUUCCCCCGUAAAUAAUCCUGGCAAUACACCAACCAUACAUGAAUUACAACCUGCAGAAGCAGGGACUAGAAGACAAAAAAAAAAAAGCAAGCAUAGAAAAAAGAUCCACCUCUCAUACUAUUCCUGCCAGUCAGUACACCUCAGCAUUCUGUACCAGCUGAUACAUAAGACAGCAAACUUAUUAUAUAGGCGGGCAAUGCAGCUGCCAGUAGCAGAACUAGUACAACAGCAAAGGGCAGCAGAAAAGAACGAGAAGAAAGAUUAUCUUAGUUGAACCUAUGUUUGGUUUGAGGAGUAGUUGAUAUGUUUUUUCACUUUUUAAACUCCAACCAUUAUACAAAGCUAUAUCAACACUUGGCACCUAAAGGUAAAUUGACAAUUUUGUCACCUGGCAAUGUUAGAGCAUUAAGGGGACUUUGCUAUUAAAAAGUAAUAGUAAUAAUAAAACUCUUAAAAGUUCUCUUUAUUCUCUUCUAGUCUAAAAGGAACAAAUGAUAAAGGGAAAGGGAGAAAGGACUGGAAAUUUACUUGAAGAAUCUUUUUGACCCACUUAGAAAUCUAUAAUAUUGAAUUACUGUUAAUGCAUUUUGGGUUUAUUUGAACAGAAAGAAUUUAAAAAAAAAACAACAAAGGAAUCACACAGUAGGUAAGUCAGCAUGAAGUGUUAUCAAUAAAAUGUUUUCUUGCCGUUAGAACAAUGCAUUUAAAAAUAUUUACAACUCAGUAUCAAUUGAGAAAACAAUGGCUUUCUUGUUCCAAAAGAAAAAAAAAAAGCAUAUAGAGAAAGUUAUCCACCACAUUGUAGAAUUUAACAUAAGCUUCCAUGCUGAGGAAAAUAGGAGCAGGACAGACUCUGUAACAACUUCACUUUGAUACUUGCUGUAAGUACUGGAAAGCCUUGAUUGCAACCACAAUUCUGUUCCAAAGUGACAGCCUUAUGAUUCAUGAAUCAAGCUAUGCAAGGUGUGAAUUACUCUGCAAGAGCACAGCACACUCAGCUGAGCUGCUUUUAGAGUCACCAUCUAAUACAGUGAGUUGUGCAAGGAACUCUGGCUGAAGUCCUCCAGAGUCCCCAAAGGACCUCUGCCUCCUUGAAGGGCCAUGAAAUGCACUAGUCCAGGUGGCAGAAAGAGACACCAUUCAGGAGAGGUAUCACCAGGACAUACUCAGCUGCUGACUGAGCACAGCACACAGGGUACGGAAGGGAAGGUGACAUGAGAACUUGUAAGCAUCUGGGUUGUUUGUUUUGUCUGGAUUUUUAGUUAGUCUUUCCAUUGCUCACUUAGACAUUGUAAAACUGGACUGUUCUACUCAGUUGCAUGCUGGCCAGCUGUCAUUUUUAAUGCCCCUUGCAAAGGUGUGUGAAGAGAGCUGUGUUGUUUUUGUGUACUUUCAUUUUUAAUAACACGAACAUUGUACUGUACUUUAUUAUUUCCUGUUCAAUAAAUAGGCUUGGUAUCUCUGUUUCAUGUCUAAUUUUCAAGAGCAGAGCCAUUCCUGUACUGAGGCUCUCUCAACUAGGUGGGUUUUUUUUUUGUUUUUUUUUUUUUUUUUUGUUUUUUGUUUUUGUUUAGUAAAAAUAAUGCAUGAUUUCUUUUCGCAGUGAUGGUUUGAGGGACAAAAAAUUUCUUAAUUUUGUAAUAUGUACUACAAUCUUCUAAACACAAGUAAAAAUGUACUGUGAUCUAUUUAUAUAAAUCUAGUCUGAACAAGUAAUUUUGAUCUUAAUAAAAACUCUGUAAGAAA